AUGCUGGGAGCUCUCAGAAGAUGCUCCACGGUACUGCCGCGCGGUGUUGCCCAAAUUUCGAGUGCAACCAGAAGCCCUGCUGUUUCAAAAAUCUCAAGACCUUACAACUCAGCGUUCAUCACCAGAAGUCUGCACCAAACCAGUCAAUGGAAACAACAAAAUGCCGCUGUAGCUGAAGAGGAGGGCCUGGGUUUCCAGUCCGAGCAGAAUGACGACGGUCCCAUCACAACUUUUGCCGAACUGGGCAAGAGAAAGCUGGUCAGCAAAGGUGUUGUCCAAACUUUGAUCAAGGACAUGGGCCUCGAGAACAUGACCGAAGUUCAGACCGCCACAAUCAACCAGGCUCUCAAUGGCAACGACAUCCUCGCUCAGGCCAAGACCGGUACCGGCAAGACCCUCGGUUUCCUGAUUCCCGUCCUGCAAAACAUCCUCAAGCAAGAUCCUUCCCUCGGUGAGCGCAGCAGAGGCUACGCUGCUCGCAGAGGUAACAGAACCACCGCCGACGACAUUCGUGCGAUCAUUGUCUCGCCCACCCGUGAGCUGGCCGAACAGAUUGCCAUGGAGGCAAAGCGUCUCGUUGCAAACACCUCGGUCAUUGUACAGACGGCAGUAGGAGGAACACAAAAGUCCGCUGGUCUGCGCGCCAUUCAGCGCCAGGGCUGUCACAUCCUGGUCGGUACCCCCGGUAGACUGAAGGACAUUUUUAGCGACAAGUACUCUGGUGUUGAAGCUCCUGGUCUUGACGCUCUCGUCUUUGAUGAGGCGGAUCGUCUUCUUGACCAAGGUUUCUGGCCCGAGAUCCAGGAAAUCAUGGCCCUUCUGCCAAAGCCCGAGGAGAAGUCCCGUCAGACACUCAUGUUCAGCGCUACUGUGCCUCAAGAGGUUCAGAGACUGGUCAGACAGACCCUCAAGCCUGGCUUUGACUUUGUCAAGACUGUGCGCGAUGAUGAGGAGCCCACCCAUGCUCGUGUUCCUCAGCACCUCGUCACUGUCAACGGUCUGGAAAACACUGUCCCUGCUAUUGUAGAAUUGUGCAAGAAAGCCAUUGCCGAUGCUUCUCAGCCCGAUGCUCGCCCUUUCAAGGCCAUUGUCUAUUUCAACUCCACUGCUGAAGUCACCUUGGCUUCCGCCGCUCUCACCGAGCUCCCUGUUGAUGAGGAUUCGAUCCCUCCUCCGCAAAACACCCGCAGUCGCUACCGCGAUGUUCCAACUGCUCUGUACCCCGCUCGCGUUUAUGAGAUUCACUCGCGCUUGAGUCAGGCUCAGCGUACUCGUGCUUCUGACAACUUCCGCAAGUGCACUUCUGGUAUUCUGGUAUCCUCAGAUGUGACUGCUCGUGGUAUGGACUUCCCCAACGUCACACAUGUCAUUCAGGUUGGUAUGCCUCGUGAUCGCGAGACAUACAUUCACCGUAUUGGUCGUACCGCCCGUGCCGGCAAGGAAGGUCAGGGCUGGUUAAUUUCACCCAUGAUUGAGGUCCAGGAUAUUCCCCGCAAGCUCAGAGAUCUUCCUCUUCAAAAGGAUACUUCUCUGGCCACUGCCUCCAUCGACAUGACUCGUGAGGCAGAUGUGCCAAAAUCGGCCGCUACUAUUCUGGCUCAGGUUGCCGAGUCAUACAAGCGUGUUCCUAUGCAGCUGAAGGCCGAUGCCUACAGAGGCUACAUCGGUACCUACGGUUUCAUUCGCAAGAGAGCUCUCGUCAAGGCCAUCAACAACCUCUCCCGCUACGCCUGGGGCAUGGCAACUCCUCCGGAAGUCUCAUCAGCAUUGGCCAGACGUACUCGCUUUGGCUAUGGCAGCGGCCGUAACCGUUCCUGGUCGAAUGACGGUGGCCGUGGAGGCUUCGGUCGUGGUGGCGAUCGUGGCGGCGAUCGCAGAGCUCGCUACGGCGGUGACCGCGGUGGCUACUCUAGAGGCGGCGACCGUGGUGGCUUUGGCGGCGAGCGCAGAGGCGGUUUCAGCAGAGGUUCCGACAGAGGUUUCGGUGGUGACAGAAACUUUGGCGGAGAGAGCAGAGGUGGUGACCGAUACUAA